AUGCUUUCAUUUGCGAGAGAUCGAUUUAACAGAAGCCAAAAGGUGAAGGGGACAGUUGUGUUGAUGCACAAGAAUGUCUUGGACAUAAACGCACUCACUUCAGUUCAAGAUGUUGCUGGUAUAAUCUUAGGUGGAGUCAGAGUUGCUAAUAGUAUUGCUGGCUCUAUACUUGAUACAUACACUUCAACCUUAGGCUGUUCAGUGGCUCUCAGGUUGAUUAGUGCUACUAGUGCUGAUGAAAGUGGAAAAGGGAAAGUGGGAAAGAGAUCGUUUCUUGAAGGUAUUAUUACUUCACUACCAAUUUUAGGAGCUGGACAGUGUGCAUUUAAUGUUCAUUUCAAAUGGGAUAGUGAGAUGGGAAUUCCAGGAGCAUUUUAUAUUGAGAAUUUCAUGCUUGGAGAAUUCUUUCUUGUAAGCUUGACUCUUGAAGAUAUUCCCAACCAUGGAACCAUCCACUUUGUUUGCAACUCAUGGAUUUACAAUACUACAAAGUAUAAAACCGAACGCAUCUUCUUCGCUAACAAGUCGUAUCUUCCAAGUGAAACACCGUCUCCGCUAGUGUACUAUAGACAAGAAGAACUGAAGACUUUAAGAGGAGAUGGAACUGGAGAGCGCAAAGAAUGGGAAAGAAUAUAUGAUUAUGAUGUCUACAACGAUUUGGGAGCUCCUGACAAAAAAGCAAGUUUGGCUCGUCCGUUAUUGGAGGAUCCAGCACUUUGCCUUAUCCUCGAAGGGGGAAAACCGGAAGAAAACCAGCUAAGAAAGAUCCGAAAAGUGAGAAACGGAGCGACUUCGUUUACCUUCCAAGAGAUGAAUCAUUUGUUUAAUACAUUUGAUGAAGUGCGUACAUUCUAUGAGGGUGGAAUUAAAUUGCCAACUAAUGCACUUAGCAAACUUAGCCCUAUACCAUUGUUCAAGGAACUCCUUAGAACAGAUGGUGAAGCACCUCUUAAGUUUCCACCACCUAAAGUGAUUCAAGUGAAUCAGUCUGGAUGGAUGACCGAUGAAGAAUUUACGAGGGAGAUGAUUGCUGGUGUAAAUCCACACAUCAUCAAAAGACUUCAGGAGUUUCCACCUAAGAGCAAGCUAGAUAGACAACUCUUUGGUGAUAAUACCAGCAAAGUAACCAAAGAACAUUUACAACCAAACAUGUGUGGAGUCACAGUUGAACAAGCUAUCCAAACGAACAGAUUGUUCAUACUUGAUCACCAUGAUCCAUUAUUUCCAUAUUUGAGGAAAAUAAAUGCAACUGAAACAAAAGCAUAUGCUACUAGAACCUUCCUUUUCUUGCAAAAUGAUGGAACUUUGAAGCCAUUGGCCAUUGAGCUAAGUAGCCCACAUCCACAGGCUGAUAGCUUUGGUCCUAUCAGUAAAGUUUACUUACCUGCAAGUGAAGGUGUUGAAGCUUCAAUUUGGCUCCUUGCCAAAGCUUAUGUCGUUGUGAAUGAUUCAUGUUAUCACCAACUUGUUAGCCAUUGGUUGAACACUCAUGCUGUUGUUGAGCCAUUCAUCAUAGCAACAAAUAGGCAUCUCAGCGUGGUUCACCCUAUUCAUAAACUUUUGCUUCCACACUAUCGCGACACAAUGAACAUAAAUUCACUUGCAAGGAGUAUCUUGGUAAAUGCAGAAGGUAUUAUUGAAUCGACAUUCUUAUUGGGAAGUUAUUCUAUAGAAUUUUCUUCCGUUGUAUACAAGGAUUGGGUUUUCACUGAGCAAGGACUGCCUCAAGAUCUACUCAAAAGAGGAAUGGCGGUUGAGGAUCCAACUUCUCCGCAUGGUCUCCGCCUUCUGAUAGAGGACUACCCUUAUGCUGCUGAUGGGCUUGAGAUAUGGGCCGCUAUUAAGUCUUGGGUCGAAGAAUAUGUGAAUUUCUACUACAAGUCUGAUGCAACUAUUGUACAAGAUUCUGAGCUCCAAGCAUUCUGGAAAGAACUUGUAGAAGUGGGCCAUGGUGAUUUGAAGAAUGCAACAUGGUGGUUUAAGAUGCAAACUCGUAAGGAGUUGAUUGAAGCAUGCAGCAUCCUCAUAUGGAUAGCUUCAGCACUUCAUGCAGCUGUUAAUUUUGGACAAUAUCCAUAUGGAGGAUACAUCCUUAAUCGACCAACAAAAACUAGAAGGUUAAUGCCUGAGAAAGGAACUCCUGAGUAUGACGAGCUUUCUAAGAACUACCAAAAGACAUUUUUGAGGACAAUCACACCAAAGAAUGAUACCCUUACUGAUUUAACCAUUAUAGAGGUUUUGUCAAGACAUGCCUCUGAUGAACAAUAUCUUGGAGAGAGAAUUGAAGGUGAUCGUUGGACUUCUGAUUCGCAACCAUUAGAGGCUUUCAAGAGAUUUGGAAGGAAAUUGGCUGAAAUUGAGCAAAAACUCACUCAAAGGAACAAUGACGAGUCAUUGAGAAACAGGUAUGGGCCUGUGAAGAUGCCAUAUACUUUGCUUUACCCUUCUAGUGAAGAAGGAUUGACUUGUAGAGGCAUUCCCAAUAGUAUCUCCAUCUAA